AUGGUGCAAUGUCGAACCGCGGUGUUCGCCAUAUUGACGAUUAUUGCAGCUGCAAAGGAGGCCAAAGUCACCGAAGUCCGUCUCGUGGUUGAAUCGCCAGGCUCCAUCAAACCUAUCAACCCAAAGCUCAUCAGAACGCACGGCGAAGAAAGUGGUGCUCCUCUGUGCACUGGCCUGCAGAUCUGCAACGGUCGGGAUGCCAAGGACUGCGCAGCGGCCAACAACGGUGACUGUGGCCAGAAAUACUGCUGCAGCAAGGGGCAGCCAUGCUUCCAAUGUGCAGGGGACGGUUAUGAGUGCAAAAAUCUUGAUGCCUGCAAGAAUCCCAAUGGCCACGGAGUUUGA